AAUUCUGCAUUGCAGUUGCAAACUAACAUUCCACAAUACAAUACCACAAAAUUCGUUAACCAAAACAUGCAUUUAUCUGGUGGAAAAGAAAUUCAAAACGGUCUAUUUGUUAUGUGUCUGGUGCCAAUUUGUCUCAAAAAGCUAGCGCAUAGCAUAGUGGCAUUCCCCAGAGGCGGUUCACAGGGCUACUUGGCUGCAGUGGCAAUGCCGCUCGAUCUGCCCAAUCGCAAUGUAUACAUGGCUUUUAAUUUUGAAGCGAAUUAUGGUUUUCCAGCAAAUGAUUCCUACUACUACUGGAUUGAUCGGUGGAACAUAGAUGAAGAAUUCGUGGGCAUUGGCAACGAUGUGAUACCAUUGGCUAGUCGCCGUCGUCGAAGCUUUGCCCAAUUGUACACACGCAACGCAUUCUAUCACAGCAUUGUUGGUUAUCUGGAGCAUUACGAAAUAAAUGGCACAGCGUGUCUGUUGAGGACAAUUUGCGAUGUGUCCGCUUCCAAUUUGGAUGAGCAUAAUGGAGUACUCGGCAGCAUUUUCAAAAUUCUAUUCAUGCCUACGACAUCUGCCCUCGAAAGUGAACACCAACUCCAACAUAUGGAUAUUUAUGCGGCAGAGGUACAUGGACAUAAUGGUGAAUGUGCGCAAUAUAGGCAUUGGUGUCCACGGGGGCUACUUGAGCUGAUAUCCGAAUGGUUUUGA